AGCUGGAACAUUUUGUUUAGGAAGCCAAAAUAUUUAGGACGGUUGGACGGGCAGCCUCUGGUGCUUGAGCAGGUUUUUCAGCAACUCUAGCAUUUUGAAAACAAAUCUGCCAUUUUACACAGGCAGAGGUGUAACUUCUCCGAACCCCCAACCAGGAAGACGCUAAAAACGACCAACUUUAUUUGAUAAGAGUUUGAGUAAUGACAGAUAAACACGACAUCGCUUCAUGUCUACUUUUAACUAAAAGUAAGUUAUGGGUUUAUCCGUUGGGAAGAGAAGAAGGAAGGUAAGCGGAAGAGUGCGGAGCGACAGGCGGAGCGUGGCCGCCAAGAUGAAGCGGGAGGCGGUGAAGGUCCUCCGCUCCCUCACUGUCGAGAACAACAACAAACACGCUGAGGCCAUGGACGAGGAAGAGGACGAGGACUGCUUCUCGAUCUCCUUCCUUCGGAGUGACCCCUCCAGACCGACUGCCACCGUGUCUCCUCGCUACAGCCUGCUCCGGGAGGUGGGUCGGGGAAGCUACGGGGUGGUGUACGAGGCCGUGGCCAGGAAAACAGGGGCUAGGGUGGCGGUAAAGAGGCUCCAAUGUGACGCACCUGAAAACGUCGAACUAGCCUUGGCUGAGUUCUGGGCCCUGACGAGCCUGGAAAACCGACACCAGAAUGUGGUUCAACUAGAGGAGUGCGUGCUGCAGAGGAACGGCCUAGCCCAGAAGAUGAGCCACGGUAACAAGAAGUCCAAGCAGUACCUGCGCCUGGUGGAGACCUCCCUCAAAGGUGAACGCAUCCUUGGUUACCCAGAGCAGCCAUGUUUCCUUUGGUUCGUCAUGGAGUUUUGUGAAGGUGGAGAUCUCAACCAGUACAUCUUAUCUCGGCGACCCGACCCCCAGACCAACAGAAGCUUUAUGCUCCAGCUAACGAGUGCCAUCGCUUUCCUGCAUAAGAACAACAUUGUCCACCGGGAUCUAAAGCCAGACAACAUUCUCAUCUCACAGAAAUCUGGAUCACCAGUACUCAAGGUAGCAGACUUUGGCCUUAGUAAGGUUUGCGCAGGGCUAAACUCCAAGAAUUGUGAAGAAGAUCCUACAGUAAGAGCUGGUGCCAGAGGAAGCAAUCAGAACAACAUUGUCAACAUAAAUAAGUUCUGGUUGUCGUCGGCUUGUGGCUCUGACUUCUAUAUGGCCCCAGAGGUUUGGGAGGGCCACUACACAGCUAAAGCCGACAUCUUUGCCCUUGGCAUCAUCAUUUGGGCAAUGAUCGAACGUAUCACGUUUAUUGAUGCAGAAUCAAAGCGUGAGCUGUUGGGUACCUAUGUUCGACAAGGCUCUGAGAUCAUACCUGUUGGAGAAGCUCUGCUUGAGAAUCCCAAGAUGGUUCUCCACAUCCCUCAGAAAGCCAGAAGCUCAAUGUCUGAAGGAGUAAAGAAACUUCUGCUUGACAUGCUUGCAGUAAACCCCCAGGACAGACCAGAUGCUUUCCAGCUGGAAAUGCGGAUGGAUCAAGUCACUUGUGCAGCAUGACAAACAUCUUGAGACCUUUCCUCCCCCCACCCCAACUUUUUAAAGAAGGGACCUUUUUCCUUUCCAGCCUCUUCAACCUCAUGGCCAUGGAUGGACAGAGGAAAAGGACUCCACUACCUGAACUGUGAAGAUUAACGAUACUGAGCUGAGCUGCAAGGGACAAAUAUUCCAAAGCUCUGGGCAGAAAAAUAUGCAAAUAAAUCUUUACGGUCUCAUUUUCCUAUUUGCUAUGUAGAACUGGGAAAUUGACAGAGGCAGAGUAAUGUCUGAGCGCUGGCCAGGAUCAGUUUUUACUUUCUAAUGUUUUUUUUUUAUUUUUUUGGUUGUUUGAGCCCUUCUCCCCUAACUUUGGACUGUACUGAGCGGUGAUGCUGGUUUGCUAACUGCUCCAGUGGUUUCAUUGGUCAAAGCAUUCACAGGAGUAAGAAUUAAAGAGCAGACGACUGCUUCCCCCAAAAACCACCUCGUGCCUUUAAGUGGAGUCACACCAAGUGCGAUUGGAUCUUCGUGAGAACUCAUUCUAUAGGUUCUAAACCAAGAUGGAAAUCGGAGAAGUCUGUGAGCUUGUGAAAUUUCAGGCUGAUGAAAUGUGCAACCGAUGAACAGAGUCUUUCUUUUUUUUUAAUGUUGUGACACUUUUUGAAUGAAUUAUUAAGCGGGUAUGAUGUCUGAUGAGAAUGUUAUGAACUGAGACCCCUGCUGUCCUUAAACACUGAGGUGCAAUUUGGAAUCAGAGAAAUGGCCUAAAAGUAUAAAUUAAUACAAUUACACACAAUAUGUCUUGGUUUGCAAAUCUGUGCCACAUUCCAAAGGCAGAGGGGUAAAGAUAUUUAACAAGUUUUUGGUAUUGAUGUGAACUAGAAGUAGCAGGCCUUUUAGCCCGUGCAAUUACAAACAAGCAAGCAGAAUUUAAACUGGUCUUAUUGGGCAUUAGUUCCUGUUUUAUCCAAAGAGCCCCUGUUGGACCACAGUUGCACACAGUUUUCUUUGCAUUAAAGUAUUUUUUAUGGGUUCAUGACCAAGAAAUUUCUUUUUGAUGAAUUUAGUGCUAGCAGCCAUUUUAGCAACUGAAUGUUGUUGUUUUUUCCUUUUUUUUUUUUUUUUUUUCUGUUGAGGUUUUUUUUGGUGUACUGAAAACUUAAAAAUCUCUAAAGAAAUUUGAGACUAUGCAGAUAUUUACGGUAUAGCAGGGAUGGGUUCAAUGGUGAGGUUUUGAAGUGGAUUACUUUGUAGCUUUACACCCUAGCAGUAUUGAGUCUUACAUGUUUCCUUAACUGUUAUUUGUAGCUUUCUUCGUAAUGUGAGGAUCAACCAUCUAAGAACAAAUUCCUAAAGGCACCAGGGGAUGCCCCUCUUUCUCUGUUUCUUUCCCUCUUUAAAUUGAGGCGACUUGAACUCUAUAGUGGCACAAAUGCUGCUUUGAUUAGAGCCUGCUGGCUGUUCGGAUAGGGAAUUAUAAAACAUUUGGGCUCCACUGCAAUCGAGCUCCAAGUGAAUUGAAAAUGAGAGAGAUUGAAGAACUUCAAGAGGAAUAGAAAUGAACAAGGUGCUGACAGAGAAGGGGGGUACUAUAGGAAAGCUGGCAGGGCUGAACAAUUGUUGGCUUCCACAGUAGGACAUAAGAGUCUAGCUUUCAGAGUAAUUUAUUGACUUUGCAGUAUGUGGACACUCCUUUCCUUCAUAGUGUGAUCCUACCUCAUGCUUAACAUUCAUCACUUUUCACUGUCUUGAGUAACUUUUAGUUCUUCAGAUAUGGUCUGUUUUGAGUGGGAAAUAUUUUUACAUGAUUUUUUAUCUAAUAGGCUUUUCCUUGUGAUGCUUUGGCUAACAGUUAGCACCGGUCUUUAUCAAUGGUUCUGGCAAGAUGUGCAUCCUCUUCUUUGUAGUCUGCAGUAUGUGGUAUACAUUUUAAACCUAGAGGUGUUUCACCUCCAAGAGUUUUAUGAGGAUUUUCUCUUAAGCUGGAUCGUGGUUUUUAAAGCCGCCUUGGCACAUUUCAACAGGAAAGUCUCAAAUGAAAUCUUUGUAAAUUGUUAAACCAUGCAAGUGUGAAAAGGCUGCUUAUGUUAUAAAAGCAGUGUUUGUGUUCAGGCACCACAAGCCUUGUUGAGCUCCAUGCACAUUAAAGAAAAUGCAUUUAACAGUGAAUGAAGGUAAAUAACAGGCAUGCUCGUUUUGUAGAGAACAGACUGCUUAAGACUGGAGGGUUCACACUGCUGUCAGAUUAAACAAAUUUAAAUACAAGAAUGAUUUAAUUAUAUUAAAAGUCUGAUUUAUUUGUGUGGCGAGUCGCAUUUUCUUUGUCAGCUGCAGCCUCUGCUUAAGUAUUUUCUUAAAUUCCUCAACAAUUCAGUUACUCAUGUGGUAGUUUGGGAACGCUAGCCAUUCCUGGCUAAAAAAGGCCAAAAGCAGGUUUUCGUAAAUUAUUCCACUAAAUUUUGAUCGUUUACAUGCAGUAGCGUAAAUUGAAAUGGAAAAUAA